AUGUCAGAGGAAAAGCAAGAAAUCACUUCUUGGGCUAGCAAGAGUGGAGAUUUCAAACGACAAGUCAGUUCUUUCAGAGAUGUCAUUGAACCCAAUGGUAAAUUCCCUCCUGAGAAAGGGAGAUAUCACCUCUACGUCAGUUUGGCGUGUCCUUGGGCACAUCGAGCGCUGAUCGUGAGGCAGCUGAAGGGGUUGGAGGAAUUUAUUGACGUCUCAGUGGUACACCCUCAUAUGCUUGAAAAAGGUUGGCAUUUCGCAACAUCAUCCGAAAAUCCAUCACCUCAAUCUGAACAUUCAGAUGAUACGUUCCCCAACGCCACGAAAGAUAAUGUGUUUGGAUUCUCACAUUUACGUGAACUGUAUUUCAAAGUUAAUCCGGAAUACGAUGCAAGAUGUACAGUUCCAGUUAUAUGGGACAAGAAAACUAAUUCAUUAGUGAACAAUGAAUCUUCGGAGAUCAUCAGAUUCCUCAACACGGCAUUCAAUAAUGAGAUUAAAGGAGAAAAGAAAGAAUUAGAUUUGUAUCCUGAAAAUCUGAGAAAAGAAAUCGACGAAUUGAAUGAAUGGGUUUACAACGAUAUUAAUAAUGGUGUAUACAAAUCUGGUUUCGCAACUACUCAAGAAGCUUAUGAGAAAGCUGUCAAACCUCUAUCGGAAGGUUUGACUAGAAUCGAAAAGAUUUUGAGCGAUGGAAGGGAGUUCUUGAUCGGAGGUCAAUUGACCGAAGCUGAUAUAAGACUUUACACCACUAUCAUUCGAUAUGAUCCUGUCUAUUAUGUCCAUUUCAAGUGUAACUUUGGCUUGAUCCGACGCGAUUUCCCUUACCUUCACAAAUGGCUUCAAAGAUUAUACUGGAACAAUCCAUCGUUCAAAGACACGACCGACUUUGAGCACAUCAAGGAACAUUAUUACUAUUCCCACAAACACAUCAAUCCUUUCAGAAUCGUCCCAUACGGUCCCAACGUUGAUAUCGAGCCUCUCAAGUGA